AUGGGAAAGUCAGAGGCCAUGGAGGUUACCGAAGGCACUGCUACACCGGCAUCAUUACACAUGUCCGAGCGAUUAGUCGGGGGGAAAUUAGACGCUGCAGAGGUCACCGUUACUGAGAGGACCGCUACACCUACCUCACUCCAGACGUCCGAAGGGUCACUUGUCGAAAAGGCACUAGGUGCAGAAAGCAUGACCUACCUAAGAGGUUGGCGGCUGCACUUCUUGUCUCUGAGCGUGGCCCUUUUGUUCUUCCUUGUCAACAUCGAAGUCUCAAUCGUCGGGACGUCUCUGAUAUCGAUCACCGACGACUUGCAUAGCUUUAAGCAGGGAGGAUGGGUUGUAACGGGCUAUUUAAUCACAUAUACUAGCAUGAUCAUCAUCUGGGGCAAAAUCAGCGACAUCUUCGGCCGCAAACAAGCAACGCUGGCCACUACUCUCAUCUUCAUAAUGUUCUCCGCAGGUUGCGGCGCAUCACAGACGAUGACACAACUGAUUGUAAACCGUGUUUUCCAAGGUAUCGGAGCCGCAGGUUGCGUCUCAAUGGCUUUGACGAUCGCUUACGAGAUGGUACCUAAAAGCCAGUAUCCUUCCAUUGCCGCUCAGCUGGCCACAGCAAGCGCACUGGGCAGUUUGGCCGGACCAGUCAUUGGCGGUGGUGUCGCUGAGAAGGCGACUUGGAGAUGGGUGUUUUUAUUGAAUGUGCCCGCCGGCUUGGUCACCAUUAUACUCCUCUACCUCUCUGUACCCGCGAAUUUCCCGUAUCAAGGCCAGCCAUUCUACGUCACUCCUGGGUUCCGGCAGAAGAUCUCAAAGGCGUCACUAGCCAGACUAGAUCUGUCCGGUGCAUUUCUCCUUCUGGGAGCUACCUUGCUCCUUGUGACAGUCCUCCUCGAAGCACCGAACGAAUUCUCAUGGCACUCUAAAACGGCCAUCGCGCUCUUUGUGCUAUCCGGGGUGCUCGGCUUGCUAUUCCUGCUGAACGAGCGCAUGGUCACCGGGGACGGUUGGCGCCCAGAGCCAAUCUUCCCGUGGCGCUUCCUCUUCAACAGGGCGUGGAUCGGUACCUUGAUCCUCUCCCUCCUCUCCGGUAUUCCCUACAACAUCAUCGUAAUCGACAUACCCCAGCGUCUUCAAACCGUCAACGGCAUCUCCCCCCUCGGCGCCGGCAUCCGUCUAGUCCCUUUCAACUUCAUGAUCGCACUCGGCUGCAUCCUGAUCAACGUCUUCGCAAUGCGCACGCGCAUAGCACCCAUCUACCUCGUCUUCGCAGGCUCAAUCGUUCAACUCAUCGGUCUCUCGCUCUUCUCUACGCUGUCCUCGAAUGACAUUUUGACGCCUGCUCCAUCCGUCAUCUACGGCCGGGAAGUCCUCUCCGGGUUCGGUAUAGGCAUGGUGUGGGGCAUGCUCCUCGUCAUCCCACCGCACGUCGUCGAGCAUCGCGACUUGGCAAUCUCCAGCGGUGCGCUCCUCCAGUUCCGCGUCUUUGGCGGCGCCCUCGGCCUCGCGCUCGCUUCGGCGGUCAUGAACAGCUACCUCACCUCGCAUCUCUCCCACUCAAUCGGCUCCGAACAUUUGGCAGCAGUGCUGCAGAGUACGGAGGCCAUCAAGUCAUUCCCACUGGAUAUGCAGAGGUUGGUCCUGGAGAAGUUUGCAGAGGGGUAUGAUUUGCAAAUGAAGAUUUUGGCAGCGUUUGCCGGAUUGCAGGUGCUUUGUGUGGGGUUGUUAUGGCGGGGAAAGGGGCAAGGGGGGCAGAUUUGUGUUGUGUUGGUGGAAGAGAAGGAUCUGAGACAGGGGAAGGAGGAUGAGGCGCAGAAGAGGGAGAGGAGAGGUCUUGGUGGUUGGUUGGGAGAGUUGGUUUGGAAGCACUUUAUAGAGCUUGAGAGGUGA